AUGAGGUUCCCGACCAAUCUCCUUGGCUUGGCUGCCCUAACCGCUGUAGCGGUGCAUCCCUGCUUAGGUCAACACGGCUCUAUCCUCAAAGUCGAGGUUGGAGCGGAUGACAAUCUCAGAUACAACCCUGCCAGCUUGGAAGCUCCAGUCGGCACCAAGAUUGAGUUUCACUUCUUCCCCAAGAACCACAGCGUCAUUGAAUCCUCCUUUGACAAUCCUUGCCACCCUCUGAGCAGCGACGGAUUUUCCUCCGGUUUCAUUCCUGUGACAGAAUCUCCGUCUAACACAACAUUCACUAUCAUCAUAAAAGACACUGAUCCUAUCUGGUUCUACUGCGCACAGGCAAAUCACUGCGAGAGGGGCAUGGUAGGCGCCAUCAAUGCGCCCAAGACAGGGAAGACUUUCCAGGCCUUCCUCGAUCUUGCGCAGAAAGCUUCUGAUAGUACCUCGCCUCCCAGUGAAGCCGCUGGUGGGACCUUGGGGUACAUCAAUGAUGGCAGUGCCUCGCCAGGAUGGGACCAAACCGCGGAACCUCUCGUAACUGCCCCAACAAACGAGGUCUUCACUACCGCUCCCGCACCGACUCGCACGACUCGCGCAUACACUACGAACGAGUAUAAAGUCACCUGGACCAGCAGUGGACACAAGUUCACAACCAUAGCAACCACUACUCAGUUUACCACCGCAAUCUUUGGUGUCAGCCCUACGUUGACUGGGGAGGUUGGCACGUCUACCAGUGAGGCGGUCGCUGCUUUUGCCACAGGUGUACCAGCAUACCAAUUUUGGCAAACUGGAAUGUGUAUCCUUGCUGUGGCGGCUAUGUUGUGA